AUGAAAUACACUGCUGCAACAUUCACUGUUGCCAUGAGCAAUCUUCUUCCUGCCAUGGCAUUUAUAAUGGCUUGGAUUUUCAGGAAGCUCCAUAGCCAGGCAAAGAUAGUGGGAAACCUAGUGGCAGUUGGGGGAGGAAUUAUAAUGGCAUUUGUAAAAGGAACCCUCCUGGACUUGCCAUGGACGAAUGGAAGAAGCAUAAUUUUUAAGAAAUCAGCAACUGAUGUAGAACAUACAGAUCUAAUGAAGGGUGCUGUAAUAAUCAUAGCACAUAUAUUAAGAUCCUACCCUUCAGUGCUGGGUCUGGCAGCUUUGGUAUGCAUGUUAAGUUCCGUGGAAAGCAUCAUACUAGCCUUCCCAGUUGAAAGAGGAAACACAAAAAUCUGGUCAAUCUUCAACCCAGAUGCCAAACUUUUAGCCGUGAUUUAUGGUGGAAUAAUGUCCUGCUCAACCUAUAUCAUAAUGGGCUGGGUAAUAAAGAAAAAUGGACCAGUUUUUGCGACAUAUAAUAGGGCAACGAAAGAUGAAGAUGUGCUAAGUUUGAUUAUGCAGUUAAUGUCUAAUAAAGAGGCUGUAGAUUGUGUCAGGGAUUUGGAUGAGGCUCAAGAAAAAUCGGAGAAGUCAAUUGAAGAGGCUUUGUCAAGGAGAAGUCAUGUGUAG